AGAGAAAGGCGAUACCGAUAAUGAUGAUAUCCGCACUUCAACAAAGUCCAGUGUCUUGCAGGACCCCUCAUUUUUUGGCGGCCCGACAACUCACCGCUUCUCUGGAACGCUUUGGAUGGGGAACAAUAGAGAGCGACUUCAACAAGGGGCAAGACACCCACAACACCUGGGCUCAACAAGCGACGGGCGGGACCGUCUAGCCGUCGCAGAUGUUCUCUGUCUUUAUUAUCGGUGGUUUGCCAGCUACAUACAAACGGUUGAUACUGGGUUCAGUAUCCGUACUGUGGAGGAGCCUCGAAAUCCCGCCAUCAGGGGCUUGACAGAACUCGCUAGGCCGGAUUUGGUUGCAAGAUUCAAUCGCGCCGUCGGUCUAAAAGACGCCCCGCAAGUUUGUUGGGACGGCAUGUGGCGUUUCUGCGAGACACCCCAUUCCCGAUCAUCCAGUUCUGGUCUGCGCCAUAGCGGGAUGCGCAGCACUGGGUCGAUCGGGUCGAGAAUCGCAGCACGCUUGCAACCAAUGAUGGCUCGAAAGAGCCGAGCCAGGACCCGUGUAGCCGUAGGGCUGAACGAGGGGAAGGGAGAGGGGCAUUCUGGAAGGUCUCCAUGCCAAGCGAGCCGGCUAUCCUAUUCCUGGGCCAGUUUUCAAAGACUCAAAGAGACCUCGCGUUGCCGUGUUGUUGAGGUUGAUGUUGAUGGGCUAGUAGAAGGGAUGGAAGAUUGGGAGAUCCGGGGCCUGUAUUCUACAGACCUGCACACCCCCUUCCGUAGAUAGGAAAGAAUACAGGGUCGAUCUGUCGUCUUCCGUCGCCCAAUUCAAACUGCAUGUACGUAUUUCCCAGCUGUCGCGAUACGCGAGGGCGCGAGCACCACACGCGGCUGACAAAUGAUGCGAACCAACGGACGUUGGGAUGCUGGUGCGAAUAGGUUGGGGAGAG